AUGGUUUUACUCAAGUUUAUCUUUAUUGCAUUUAUCGUAUUUCUGGUAACUCCGUUGAAUGCUCGAUGUCCUCAUAAACCAGAUAAUCCAUGUAAAAAUGGUGGAGCUCCACUUAAAGGCUAUUUUUGUGGACGUGGUGCUAGUCAUGUAGAUUGUCUAUCAACUCAUGAGUGUAUUAUUGCACCCGAUGAUACAUAUGCUGUUUGCUGUCCUCGUGCACAAUCAUCCGAGAAACCAGGUUCAUGUCCAAACCCAUCAACUGGUAUAGGUUCCUGCCUUGCUAAAUGUUCUACUGAUAGCGACUGUCCAGAUGCUCAGAAAUGUUGUGGUAAUUGCCCUCGAGAUUGCGUACAACCUGUUUAA